GACUUGUUCGGUUCAUCUGUCUGUAAGAUCUUUUCUGUCACAGCAUUCAAAUGCGCGCGCAUGUAUCAGUGCACAUGCGUUUUGUGUUGAAAUGCAGCCAUGAACUACUAUAUGUAUGAUUUUAAAGAUUAUAGUUAUUGUCGAAUAAUUCGCACUAUAACAAACAAUAAAUCUAUAAGAAAUUUUAAUUGAUUUUCACGUUGUACGGCUGUAAAUUAUGGAUAUAAUGUUAAGAUUAAAGCAUAGUUUAUAAGACUGACAGUAGCGAAAAGUGUCAAAAGAAAUUUAAGAAAUGGGGAAAAUCAGAAAAAAGUAAUAGAUAAAAGGCAAGAAUCGAUAGAUGUCUGUUGGACUCAUCAAUUAUGAAUGAUUUUUUCAUGAAACAGGAAUAAGCGCAUGUGGUGUUAAAGGGUUCUUGGAUAUGAGGGACUCGGUAUGGCAUUUUAUCUCUAAGAUUACAUAAAAAUUUUGUGUCAACACGGAUGAGUCCCUGGAUUGUAAAAAUACUUAACUUUAUCAAUAAUAAACGGCAGAUAGAAGACCGUGGGGAAUUUGACGACCAAUUACAAGAUAUGAUAUGCGGAGAUAUAGGCGAUAUUAUGGGACACACCGAGUGACCGUUAUAGACAACAUUUAAGAGAAGCUGUUACAAUAGGCUCUCGUGCCUAAUUUGUUGAAAGUUUUUAUCCGAACAUUGACUUCUUGUUUGAAAGCGAUUUGAUUUGAAUUAACAAAGUGCGAAUAUAUAUAAGUAGAUGUUGAGAAAGACAGUUGAGGUGUCUGGAGUAGUUUUGUUCAAAUUUACACACUUUUUCAACGUGCAGUAGUCAAAAGAUUUUACAUUUUCAACAAAAGAAAAAGGGUGCAGCCGAACGCACCUGGGACUGUAAUUAUGUUUAAUUAAUGUUAUUGUGCACAGACGUAUGCAAAAGGGCGUGUUAUUUUUUGCCGUAGCUGGAUAUAUUAAAAUAAUCUAAGUGAUGAGGAUGCCGACAGAUCAAGGAAAAUAUUUAAAAUCGCACGUGCACCCGAAGCACGUGCAUCUUCCGGAUGUUAACUACUACGACGAUGAGAUUCAGCAAUGUCAGGAAAUGUAUUCUCGUCUGCAUUUAGACAAGCACCCGGAAGACAAUGAGGAUGACACGACGCCAUUUCCUCUCAUCCGAGGUCAUACUGUAAUCAGUCAAACACGCCCACUAACAUAUUCAUUGCGAAAAUCUGCAAAAUCUUUGCGGCCGUACUCGAUUCGAUCCGCCCCGGCGUUUAUGUUUAAAAACGAACAGAACUGUGAAAAGGGGCAGGAAGAAGUUGAUAACGAUGGUGCUAGAAGUGAAAGUACGGACUAUGAUUGUGACGAACAUGGAUAUGGUCGGAAAAGAACUAGAAUGGACCCAGACAGUCUUUGUGAGCACUUGAAACAACGUGGGCUGGGUUUACCAUCUCUAGUUAAGUCAGCUUCAACAUACAGACGUAUAACCCAAGUUCCUCCAAGGGGCAUGCGCAGUAGAUCUCUUCCGAGAAAUCCUUCAAAGCGUGAAAAAAUAAAAGGUCGAGCGCGCCUUGACCAAGAAAUGGCAAAUAUGAAAGCGCUUGCUUUCUGUGAACAGCAAGCUCCAAAAGUAUUUAGAACUGCUUCUGCAAACAUGAAAAAUAGAGACGUACAGUUCAUGGAGGAAGAUUUCAGACAACAUAUGCAACGUGAGGGAUUCGAUGUUUUCAUAGAGGAUGAUGACGAUGACGACAAUGCUAGUGUUGUCAGAAUGCCUGUAAAACAAGAGGAACUAUUUGUGCGUAUUAAUAACUGGGUUGAAGAAGUGGAAACCUCGUGUAAGGCUUAUCACCCGCCAGCGGAUGAGCCAGUGUCAGGUUAAACAUCCAUUUUUAAAAGAUUACUUGUAUAUCAGGAUAAAUGGUAGAACUAUUUGGUCGCAGCCUCAGCAAGUUGUAAAAGAACAACAGAUUGCGUGUCAUACAUGAACGUCUUCAACUCGUAUCAAAAAGUCUGUUUAAUCGUGCAAAGUGUUUUUAUCGCUAUAUAUCAUUUGGUUAUAUGCAGCGAAUUUAAGCGCAAUAACAAAUUUGGUACAUUUUGAACGUUGCUUUACAAAACAUCUAUUGACCGAUCAACAUUACCGCGAUCUUGUGAACAGGGUCUGGUCCAGCCAUUGUACUGUGACUAUAUUUUAUGCCAUGGAUAUAAAUCUGGCUCAUCUAUGAAUAAAUAAAAACGGCUUUAAACAAAUUUUUAGUUGCACCAAAUGACAUUUUUCACACGACUCUGUAAGAGUCAGUUGUAUGCAACUUUGCUAAAACCAAAACAGUAUAUUUAUUAUACCCAGGAAAAACGUUGCUUGUGUGCGUUAUAUGUGAUUCACUGUCUCAUUCGCGCACCACUUACAUAUAUCGUGUUAAGGUAUAGGUCCAUGUUUUGGAGAAAAAAGUUCGAACGUCAUCAAAUCAUAGAAAGAAAACAUUGUUUUACAUGAAAAUUUAACAGCGUAUAAAACAUUUAUGGCU